UUCAUAGAGGUCAGUGGGGAACAGUAUGUGAUUUUGGUUGGGAUAUGACUGAAGCUGCAGUGGUGUGUAGAGAACUGGACUGUGGAGAACCUGUAGAUGCUCUGGGUGGUGCUUAUUUUGGACCAGGAUCAGGACCAAUCUGGACACAUCUCAUGAUGUGUAAUGGAUCAGAGUCUACACUGAAGAACUGUGGAUCAAUAGAAUAUGGUUUUUAUGAGUGUGAUCAUACUAAGGAUGCAGGAGUCAUCUGCUCAGAUGUCAAGCUUAUUGGAAACAGCAGCUGCUCUGGGAGGUUAGAGAUACUUCAUAAUCAGACAUGGAUGUCAGUGUGUGACGCUGCCUUUGACCAGCAGGAUGCAGAGGUUGUGUGUAGAGAGCUGGACUGUGGGGCUCCUGUACAGGUGCUGGGAGCAGCUGCUUUUGACAAAGGAGACACUCAGAUGUGGACACAAGAGAUUCAGUGCAGAGGAAAUGAAUCUCAGAUUCACCUCUGUCCAACAUCACUAUCACAUGAAAAAAAUUGUUCUCAUGAGAAUGACCACGGGCUGCUGUGUGCCGAUAAAAAAAAAGUGAGGCUGGUUGAUGGCCACAGUCGCUGUGCUGGUAGAGUGGAGGUUCUUCAUAGAGGUCAGUGGGGAACAGUGUGUCAUAAAUUCUGGGAUAUGGCUGAUGCUGCAGUGGUGUGUAGAGAACUGGACUGUGGAGAACCUGUAGAUGCUCUGGGUGAUGCUCAUUUUGGACAAGGAUCAGGACCAAUCUGGAUAAGUGCUGUAUUAUGUAUUGGAUCAGAGUCUACACUGAAGAAGUGUAGGUCAGUAGGAUGGAACAUACAUAGCUGUACUCACAAUUUUGAUGCUGGUGUCAUAUGUUCAGGUCAUACACCACCUCGACUUGUUAAUGGAUCGCACCUGUGCUCUGGGAGGUUAGAGAUACUUCAUGAUCAGACGUGGAUGUCAGUGUGUGACGCUGCCUUUGACCAGCAGGAUGCAGAGGUUGUGUGUAGAGAGCUGGACUGUGGGGCUCCUGUACAGGUGCUGGGAGCAGCUGCUUUUGGCAAAGGAGACGCUCAGAUGUGGACACAAGAGAUUCAGUGUAGAGGAAAUGAAUCUCAGAUUUCAUUCUGUUCAAUAUCAUCAUCACAUGAAAACAACUGCACCAGGGGCAACAUUAUGGGACUGAUCUGCUCAGGUUACAAUGAGGUUAAACUAGUAAAUGGUUCAGACUCCUGUUCUGGUCGAGUUGAACAUCAGUACUUAAGUGAAUGGGGCACAGUGUGUGAUGCAUGCUGGGAUAUGAGAGCUGCCAGUGUCCUCUGUAGACAGCUGAAUUGUGGGAUUGCUGUGUCUGUUGUGGGAUCAGACUGGUUUGGAGAGGGAAGUGGUGAAAUCUGGGCUGAUGUGUUUGAUUGUGAUGGGAAUGAAAUAAAACUCUCAGAAUGUUCCAUCUCUUCAUGGAGUCGAGCUGAAUGUUCUCAUAGACGAGAUGUUGGAGUCAUCUGCUCUGAUUCCUCUCUGGCUCUUCAUGAUGGUCUGGUGCGGUUGUCUGGAGAGAGACAGUGUGAGGGGGAGGUGGAAGUUUUCAUCCAUCAGGUCUGGAGGAGAGUUCUGCUGGACUCCUGGAGUCUCACUGAAUCCUCUGUGGUCUGCAGACAGCUGGGCUGUGGCUCUGUGCUGAACUUCUACGGCUCCUCUUCAUCCAGUCCUGAACACAGUCAUGAGUGUGUGACGGGCUUCCAGUGCUCUGGGAGUGAAGCUCAUCUGGGGAACUGCAGCUCUCCACAAACUCUCAACUGCAGCUCCACACAACAGCUGUCAAUCACCUGCCUUGGUUGUGGGUCCAUCAGGCUGGUGGGUUCUGGGGGAGACUGUGCAGGGAGGCUGGAGGUUUUUCACAGCGGCUCAUGGGGGACAGUGUGUGAUGACUCCUGGGAUAUUAAAGAUGCCCAUGUGGUGUGCAGACAGCUGCAGUGUGGAGUGGCCCUCAGUAACCAGCAGGUACCAGCCUGGUUUGGUCCUGGUUCUGGACCCAUAUGGCUGGAUGAGGUGGAGUGUGAGGGGAAUGAGACGUCCCUGUGGAGCUGCUCUUCUCCAGGCUGGGGAAAACAUGACUGUCAACACAAGGAGGAUGUAGGAGUCGUGUGCUCAGAGUUUAAAGACAUCAGGUUAACUGAGGGCUGUGAAGGGAAUGUGGAGGUUUUCUACAAUGGAUCCUGGGGUAAUGUGUGUUACAACCAGAUGGACAGAGACACAGCGAGUCUGAUCUGUCAAGAGCUGAACUGUGGAAGAUCUGGUGUUUUGUCUGAUUCUACAGCAAGAGUGAAAUCAGCUCCUAACUGGCUGGAUAAAGUGAAAUGUCGACGACAUGAUUCCACUUUAUGGCAGUGUCCAUCUUCAUCCUGGGGACAGAAUGACUGUGGUGAAGAUGAAGUGACCAAAAUCAUCUGCUCAGAACAAGAGAGUCAUGAGUCUUCUCGAAGCUAUUUGACAUGCUCCACCUCUCUCCACCAGAGACAGUGUUCAGAGCGUAUUCCUCUCAGACUGAGUGGAGAGGAGGGCCGGUGCUCUGGGAGGCUGGAGGUGUAUCAUAACGCUGUGUGGGGCUCAGUCUGUGAUGAUCAGUGGGACAUCAGUGAUGCUCAGGUGGUCUGCAGGCAGCUGGGUUGUGGAGCAGCACUGAGGGCUGAUGGGAAUUCAGUCUUUGGUGCUGGUGAAGGUGUUGUGUGGAUGAACAGAGUCGAGUGCAGAGGGAAUGAGAUUCACCUGUGGGACUGUCCUCUCUCCCUGAAAAACCACACUGACUGCUCCCACAAAGAGCACGCUGGACUCACCUGUGCAGAUUCACUAGAUAUGUCAGUGUCCACUACUCCUGCCACAACAACAUCAGCUUUUCCAUCAGUUUCUCUUCCAGUGCUCUCAACAUCAGUCACCCUUUCACAAACUCCUCCAGCAGCGUCUCCAGAGCUUGUGAUUGUACUGGUAGUUGUGCUCUUACUGCUCUUAGUGCCACUGCUUAUACUGAUUCAGCAGAAUAGAGUGAUGAAGAGAGCUCUCUCUAAGAGGAGACACAGCACGUCGACUGAGGCCGUUUAUGAGGAGAUUCAGCACAAGCCGAUUAAUAGACAAAGUCUCUUCACUCAGAGAGGAAGUGUCCUUGCAGAAGAACAGCAUUCUGGGUAUGAAGAUGCUGAUGAGCUUCUUUCAGAAGAGCAACAAAUCACUCCAGAGAACUAUGAUGAUGUGAUCACUGUGGGAUUGAGACAUCAUGCUACAGGUUUAUUUUUAUCAUUAUUUCUACACGUUUGA